AUGCUGUCCAAGUCUUUCUCCCUUCUCGCCUUUGGCGCUCUAGCCUACGGCCAGGAGCUAGUCCAAGAGGGCGCUCCUGCGCCUGUCGUCCUUGCAACUGCAAAGUCCGGGGUCAUCCCUGCGACUCCAACAGCAACUCCUUUCACUGGUGUCGAUACUAUCCAGGGCGCCAUUGUCUCUCCUCUCCCUCCUGCGCCAGGCUACCUCCCUGGCGAGACUGGUGGUCUCGAGGGUACCGCCACAGCCUCGUCCAACCAACCAUCAGCCACCUACCGCGCCACCAUGCCAGAGGAGCAAUACAACCCCUUCAUCGGCAGCACUGUCUCAGGAUCUAUUCAGGCUGUUGGUGGCGCCGGUGGUGUAAACUUCACCGUCAACCUCUCUGACCUGCCCGACCAAGCACAAUUCGGCCCCUUCAACUGGCACAUCCACGCCCUUGCCGUUCCCGCCGACGGAAACUGCACCGCAACUAUGGGCCACCUGGACCCCACCAACCGCGGCGAACUCGUUAUGUGCGACCCCGCGUUGCCCGAAACAUGCCAGGUCGGUGAUUUGGCCGGCAAGCACGGCGGCAAGAUCAUGACGGAGGGAACCUUCUCGACUAGCUUCGUAGACCCGUACCUCAGUGUUGAGGAGGGCAGCGCAGGGUUCUUUGGUGGAUUGGCCUUUGUCUUGCACACUGGUAAUACCACGAGGAUCACUUGUGCGAACUUCGAGCUUAUGCAGGGUGGUAACGGAACUUCUGCUCCUAAUGGAACAAUGGGUAUGCCCAGCCCGACGAGCAGCAACCCGGCUGAAUUCACUGGAGCGGCGAACAAGCUUGGUGGAAGUGCUGUUGCGCUCGCAGCUGGUGUCUUUGCUGCCAUGAUGGUAUAA